UGCUAAAUGAAGUGGCUCCAAAGGAUGAAGACAGACAACACAGUGAGAGAAGGAAACUUAGCUAGCUUACCCAAUGUGCAUGGAUAUUGCGGCGGAAUUAUCGUACAAAUACAACGCAAGUGGCUAUCGAUUCGACAACCAAUGUGAUUUACAUUAUUGCAGUUAGCGAUCGGUACACUCUUCGCAGUUUUAAAGAACCCGCUCGGUGUAUGCUUGGCUCCUCUCUAUGUUUGAGUGUCUUCCGGCGGCAGCGGUGGCAGCAGCAGUAGCAGCGGCAGUGCCAUGAAUAGUGGGCUCCCAGCUUCAGCUGCUCCACUCGGGGGGGUUGGGAUUCCCAGCGUCAAGGUGAAGUUCUGUCGGUAUUACGCCAAGGACAAGACUUGCUUUUAUGGAGACGAGUGUCAGUUCUUGCAUGAAGACCCGUCCGUUGCUAGCCUGCCUCUGCAUGGUGGCGGAGCCAGCCCUGUCCCUCUCUCCAUGGCUGGAGGAGCUGUGGCGGCAGCUGGAUACCCUAUCGGUGGAACUGCGGUAGCCUGUCCGGGCGGCGGGGGAGCGAGUGUCUCCAAAAAGAACGAGUCUGUAGGGCCUGCAGGCACGGGUCUGGAGGGACAGCUGUUAACCAUCCCAGGAAUGGAAGGUGGAGCUCUGACUGACGCCAAUCUCACCAACUCCUACUUCAGCAGCAGCUUCAUUGGUGUCAAUGGGUUUGGGAGCCCCACCGAACCCAAAUACUCCAUGAUGCAGAGAAUGGCCAGCAGCAGCAGCUCUCCCAGCCUCCUGAACGAUAGUGCCAAGAGCUACACCUCACAUGAUGCAGUGAGUUCACCUGCAUCAACCCUCUUCAGUGACUUCAGUGCACUAAGCCUAGCACAGAGGAGAAAGGCUCCGAACCCGACGGCCACCGAGUUUAUUCCAAAGGGAACAACAGGGUCACGUGUGGCGUCCAUCUCUCAGUCCAGCAUGCCCGCCUUCUCCUCCCCUCUCUUCUCCCAUCCUGCCCUGGGCAGCUCCACCGCGGCCGCCCUCGCGCCAGGGAUGUCCCUCUCAGCUGGGUCUUCACCGCUCCACUCCCCCAAAAUCACCCCUCACACUUCUCCAGCCCCACGCCGGCGCAGCCACACCCCUAACCCCAACCCUGCCAGCUACAUGGUGCCCACCAGUGCCUCCACCCCACUGGCCGACCCGGGAGCAGCCGCUCAUAUCAUCCAGAAGGAGACUGUGGGUGGGACCACCUACUUCUACACUGACAACACCCCUGCACCAAUGGCUGGGAUGGUGUUUCCCCCCUAUCACAUCUACCCCCCCACGGCACCUCACGUGGCGUACAUGCAGCCCAAAGCCAACGCUCCAUCCUUCUUCAUGGCAGAUGAGCUCCGACAGGAGCUGAUCAACAGGCAUCUAAUUACAAUGGCACAAAUCGACCAGACAGAAAACCCCGGUGUCCCCGCGGAAGUGGACAGCUAUCACAGCCUCUUCCCCCUCGAGCCCCUGCCCCCACCUAAUCGCUUGCAGAAAACUGGCAACUUCAGUUACAUCACUUCCUGUUACAAAGCCGUCAACAGCAAAGACGACCUGCCCUACUGUCUGAGGAGGAUACAUGGUUUCAGAUUGUUGAACACCAAGUGUAUGAUGUUGGUGGACAUGUGGAAGAAGAUCCAGCAUUCCAAUGCUGUGACACUGCGAGAAGUCUUUACCACCAAGGCUUUUGGAGACCACUCUUUGGUGUUUUCCUAUGACUUCCACGCGGGGGCGGAGACUAUGUUCACCCGCCACUUCAACGACCCGACUGCUGACUCAUACUUCACCAAGAGGAAAUGGGCAGGCCAGCCGGAUCCGCCCCCUCCCCGCCAGCACGCCGGCCUGCUGCCCGAAUCUCUGAUCUGGGCUUACAUCGUCCAGCUGAGCUCUGCCCUGCGCACCAUCCACACUGCUGGCCUCGCUUGCAGGGUUAUGGACCCCAGCAAGAUCCUCAUCACUGGCAAGACCAGGUUACGGGUUAACUGUGUUGGAGUCUUUGACGUGUUAACAUUUGACAGCAGCCAGGCAAACCCCCUGGCUCUCAUGGCACAGUACCAGCAAGCGGAUCUCAUCUCCUUGGGCAAGGUGGUGCUGGCCUUAGCGUGUAAUUCACUGGCUGGGAUUCAGAGGGAGAACCUGCAGAAAGCUAUGGAGCUGGUGUCAAUCAACUACUCCUCCGAUCUCAAGAACCUCAUCCUGUAUCUCCUGACAGAGCAGAGUCGGAUGCGCAGUGUCAAUGACAUCAUGCCCAUGAUCGGUGCCCGGUUCUACACCCAGCUGGAUGCUUCACAGAUGAGAAAUGAUGUCAUAGAGGAAGACUUGGCCAAGGAGGUGCAAAAUGGACGCCUUUUCCGGCUACUGGCCAAACUGGGAACGAUCAACGAGAGACCAGAGUUUCAGAAGGAUCCCACUUGGUCAGAGACAGGAGACCGCUACCUGCUGAAGCUCUUUAGAGAUCACCUGUUCCACCAGGUGACUGAUGCAGGGACGCCCUGGAUCGACCUCAGCCACAUUGUCUCCUGUCUCAACAAACUGGAUGCGGGUGUACCAGAGAAGAUCAGCCUGGUGUCUCGGGAUGAGAAGAGCAUCCUGGUGGUGACCUACUCUGACCUGAAGCGCUGCUUUGACAGCACCUUCCAGGAGCUGCUUGCUGCCGCCAACGGUCAGCUGUAGCUUUCGGCCCGUGGUCAUCUGUAGCCUUAGUCAAUGGUCAGCUGUAGCCUCGGUCAGCUGUCAGCUGUGGAUAUGGAUGCAGAGUUUGGGGCCAGGACGCACUGAGGACUAGAACCGGAGCAGGCUACACUGCAGCUGACAGACUGAGGUCCAGAGGCCAGGUAGCCAGAAGGGGAAGUGCUGCACCACAGCCUAGUACACUCUUUCUGGAGAGAGUCCUUCUCCAGACCUCUUUUUUCAAAGUUUCAAAAUGUUGACCCUAGAGCAUCAGUACUGGACACAAGGGGCUGUGAUGAUCUUUUUGGAUUCGGGGAACAAAACCAGAUGUUUCACUUUUCCUGCUUUUUAUUUUUUUAUUUGGGGUUUUAUAUUCCUGUGGUUGAUGCACUGAAUUUUAUUUUAUUUUUAAAAGUCUUUUGUGUGUGGUCUUCAGAGUGCAGGAGAAAGCUGGCUCUUUCAUAGUCCUUCUUCCUAUUGAAGAGC